UGAAACUGCGGAAACUCUUCUAAAUUCAGAAGUACAUAUGCUUCUUGAGCAUCGUAAGCAACAGAAUGAGAGUGCAGAAGAUGAGCAGGAGCUUUCAGAAGUCUUCAUGAAAACCUUGAACUACACAGCGCGCUUCAGCCGCUUCAAAAACCGCGAAACCAUUGCCAGUGUCCGUAGUUUGCUGCUCCAGAAAAAGCUCCAUAAAUUCGAAUUGGCAUGUUUGGCUAACUUGUGUCCUGAGACAGCUGAGGAAGCGAAAGCUUUGAUUCCUAGCCUGGAGGGCCGAUUUGAAGAUGAGGAAUUACAGCAGAUUCUUGAUGACAUUCAGACUAAACGCAGCUUCCAGUAUUAAGGUUAACCCUCAACCCCUUUGUAUGAACAGAAAGACCUGGGAAUGUUGUUUCUCAGCCCUCUGGACCAAUCCAGCUCCCGACUGAGUAAGGGGAGUUGUGGAUACAGGGUACUCCAGUGCUGUGUUGUCUGCAGGUGUGUUCAGACUGGGGAUCAGUGUGGUCUUUUUGGUUUGUUCCACAUGUAUAUUGGUAAGGAUGCCUGUAUUGUGAAAGCCGAAGAACCUGAAAAGCCUUUUCCCAGUGGCUCAAGUAUCAGUUUCUUCCAAAUCCCUCUCCCCAGUUUGGGAAUUUUCAACAUGUUUCUGUUUUUUUAGCAGAAAUGUAGGUGCGACUUUUGUUUUGUGAACUUCUAAAAGAGAUGGAGAAACUUAUUCUUGACUCUC